AUAUUUAUUUUAUUUAUUAUUAGAAGUACUUCUUAUUUAUCAAAACGUAUAAUAUUUAUAUAAAAUCCUUAAAAAUAAUCACUGUUUUACAAAAUUUUAUUACAUCUAAUAAUUAAUUUUUUUAUCACAUCAAACAACAAUGAAAUUUCAUAUUUUAUCAAUAUUUUUUGUUACGGUGUUCAUUUCAUUUUACAUGGAAAUAUGUCAUUGUGCCAAGAAAGAAAUUAUUGAAUGUUCUACUAAUGAUUGUCCUAUUUGUACGAAUACAUUAAGAGAACCAAUUCAUACGACAACAUGUGGACAUGAAUUUUGUAAAGGAUGUAUAGACAGAUGGUUACAAGAUAAAAGUACAUGUCCAAUAUGCCGAAGUAGUAUCGAUAGUAGUAAUGUCCCAGAUAGCUCAAGGUCUGAAGAGGAAAUCAUUCAAAAUAAUUCUCAAAAUGUGGAAUUUAUUCCAUUAAUAAUAAGUUAUGAAGGUAAGCAUAAAUUACUAGUAAUAAGUUAAAUGUGAAUGAAUAACUAAUUUUUUUAAUAAUAUUGAUAAUUAAACUCUGCCUAACUGGGGUUCCAUACUAUACCUGGGGUCCUUACGAGUAAAUUACAGAUACCCGUUGAACUACCCGGCUACGACGGGUACGAUUAGUUUUUACACAAUAAGUAUUACUUUACAACCAAUAUAACAAAAAUGUAGUGAUUAUUCAAUUAUUAAAACGAGUAAAAUUUA